CUGGCGCUGUGGGGCAGCAGUGCUAACCACUGCUCAAAUUCGAGCCCAUUAGAAAUUUUAAAAGGAAGUUUGCCGUUAUUUGAGCUUGAUGAACUUACAGGUCAAAAUCAUAAAGUGGAUCAGAGUGGGCGAGCCUGGAGGACCACCCGGUGGCGGCUGGUCCUCCAACCAAUGGGAGUGAACGGGAUGGGGUGGGGGGGCGGGGCGGCUGGUCCUCCAACCAAUGGGAGUGAACGGUAUGGGGUGGGUGGGGCGGGGCGAGCGUGGCAGCACGUGACCGGCGACGCUGCCGGCGGAGAGUCACGUGACCGGCGUCCGCUUCAGUGCCGGGAGAAUGUUAUUUGAGAAUGUCUUGAACUUUGGGAUCUCAAAGCAAGUUCUGACUGUCAGGGAAGUGACCAGGGAUCUGAGUAUCAUUGGCAUUUACCGGUGGAAGGAUAAAAGGUUGACUCGCAUUUCGAGACUUCAAAUGAAAACACGUCCAGAUCUAACAGUCACUCCACUUCUCAUAACCUAAUUAGCACAGAAUUUUCAGCAUUAGAGGAAGAAGCAACAUUCACGCAGGGGAGAAACAGUGCGUGUGGAUGAUUCAGUGAACAGUCAUUUGAAAUGGCCAAACGCCAGCGCAGUCACACUGGGGAGAGACUGUGGAAAUGUGGGGAUUGUGGGAAGGGAUUCCUUUGUCCAUCCAAGCUUGAACUUCACCAACGCAGUCACACUGGGGAGAAGCCAUUCACUUGCUCCGACUGUGGGAAGGGCUUCAGUCGGUCGUCACGCCUGCGGAUCCACCAGCGGGUUCACACUGGAGAGAGACCUUUCAUCUGCUCGAUGUGCGGGAAACCAUUCGCUGAGUCAUCCAGCCUUCAGAAACACCAGCGAAUUCACACUGGAGAGAGACCGUUCACCUGCUCGGAUUGUGGGAAGGGAUUUGCCCUGUCAUCCAACCUGCGAAUCCACCAGAGACGUCACACAGGGGACAGGCCGUUCACUUGCUCCACGUGUGAGAUGGGAUUCAGUCAGUUAUCCAGCCUGCAGAUACACCAGCGAGUUCACACUGGUGAGAGACCAUUCACUUGCUCCCAGUGUGGGAAAGGAUUCAGCCAGUCGUGCAACCUGCUGACACACCAGCGAGGGCACAGUGGGGAGAGGCCAUUCACCUGUUCUGAAUGUGGAAAAGGAUUCAUUCGCUCAUCUGAACUACUGAAACACCAGCGAAUUCAUACCGGAGAGAAACCAUUCAUAUGCUCCGAUUGUGGGAAGGGAUUUACCCAGUCGUCUAACCUGCAGAGACACCAGCGUGUUCACACUGGGGAGAGACCAUUCACCUGCUUGGUGUGCGCGAAACCAUUCGCUGACUCAUCCACCCUUCUGAAGCACCAGCGAAUUCACACUGGAGAGAGACCGUUCACCUGCUCCGAUUGUGGGAAGGGAUUUACGCUGUCGUCCAACCUGCGGAUCCACCAGCGAGUUCACACUGGGGAGAGACCGUUCACUUGCUCCAUGUGUGGGAUGGGAUUCAGUCAGUUAUCCAGCCUGAAGAUACACCAGCGAGUUCACACUGGUGAGAGACCAUUCACUUGCUCCCAGUGUGGGAAAGGAUUCAGUCAGUCAUGCAACCUGCUGACACACCAGCGAGGGCACAGUGGGGAGAGGCCAUUCACCUGUUCUGAAUGUGGAAAAGGAUUCAUUCGCUCAUCUGAACUACUGGAACACCAGCGCAUUCAUACCGGAGAGAAACCAUUCACGUGCUCAGAUUGUGGGAAGGGAUUUACCCAGUCGUCCCACCUGCGGAGACACCAGCGUGUUCACACGCGGGAGAAAGUGUCACUUGGUCAAGCUACCUGCUGAUACACCAGCCUAUUCAAAUCAAUGGAGAGACGGUUCACUUCUGUAUGAGAAAUGAUUAAGCUGUUAACACACCAGCGAAAUGACACUAGGUAGAUCUGUUCACCUGCUGUAUUUGUGUAAAACAGUUUGCUAUUUGCUUACACCAUGCAAAUUCACAAUGAACCACAGGUGUAGGGUUUUGAUUUUACUCACACACUAAAAUGAACAUUGGGCCAUUUGUAUUGAUGCUAUUAAUGAAAAGGGGCUGAUAUUGUAGAUACAAUUGUGUAUCUGUCAUAAUUCUAAGAUAGGUUUUGAAAAUAAUGGCAAUGUCGCUUUACAUCAACACACAUGACGACUGUCUACCUGCAUAUUGCUUGUAAAUUGUUUUUGAGGUUCAUCGUACAGCUCUCCUCAUAUCUCCCUAUUUAACUUCCCUGUUGCACGUUUACCUGAAAGUAUCUGCUCCCUGCACAUUCUGGCCAAAUCACAUCUGCUCUUAUUAAAAUCAACCAACCAUGAGUUCUUUACUAACUGUCAGCAUUGGAUUUUGAUGCUAUUGUGGGAUAACAAAAAUCAGCCUUUUGCUAAAACUAAGUUACAUCAAAGUCUUUGUCUAAUUCUGAGUGCCUUAGAUAUAAGAUAAUCAGUGUCCUUCACACAAGCAGUUGGCAGAAGGCAUGACCAGAGUGAAAUAUAAACUGAAAUGCUAGCAAUUUAGUUCCAAGUGCUGUUGUGGCGCAUGCAACUUAACUUGGCAAGCAGAUGGGAUACAGAGAUAAUGUCCAAAAGGUUAAUAAGAAAAGGAGAAGAAUGAACAAGACGGUCAGAAAGGCAUUGACAUCAGGUACGAGGGAGUUUGAUGUAGCAGAAUAGCAUUUACUACAAUUAUAAAUUAAGAACAGGGUAUGAUAACAUUGCUGUCACUGAAUCAUGGUUGAGAGAGAGAGAGACAGACAGCAUUGGAAGCUGAAUACUCCAGGAUAUAGGAUCUUCAUGCGAGAAAGAGAAGGAGGUGGCAUUACAAUGUUCAGGGAAUUUAUUACAGCAGUAAGGAGGGGUGACAUCUUAGAAACCUCCUUAAAUUAACCUGUAUGGGUAGAACAGUUAGAGCUGCUAAGGAGGCAAAUUUCAGCCACAUGUAAAAAAGAGUUAGGGUCAUGAGAGUGGGGGAUUUCAGCUUCCCCAACAUUAACUGUGGUCAUCAUUGUGUGAAAGGUUUCGAGGAAGGUUUUGGAUAGAUUCAGGACCGCUUUUGAAACCAAUAUGUAGAAAUGCCAACAAGGAAGGGGGACGUCCAAGACUUGGCUUUAGAUAACAGAAGUGGACAACUGUAUCAGUGGGGGAUCAUUUUGCAGACAGUUGUCAGAACCGUUAAAAAGAUUCAGGAUUGUUAUGGAAAAAGGACAAAGGUUGGGCCUCAAAUCAAUGUUUGAAAUUGGUUGAUUUUAAUAAGAGCAGAUGUGAUUUGGCCAGAAUGUGCAGGGAGCAGAUACUUUCAGGUAAACGUGCAACAGGGAAGUUAAAUAGGGAGAUAUGAGGAGAGCUGUACGGAGAACCUGAAUUGAUACAGCCAGGUAAAAUAAAGGGAAAUGCUCAAUUGUCUUACAGUUACAUUAAUGGACAACAGAUAAUAGGCAAAAGAGUAAGGUCCAUUAAUUUCAAUCUCAAAAUUCUCCAUAGUUCGCCCCUUCCCACUCGUGAAUACUGACGCAAAGUAUUCAUUUACAAUCAGGCCGACAUUCUCCAGUUCGAAACGCUGAUUACUGCUGUUGCCCUAAAAGAAACUAGCAUGGAGAGAGUGAGAAGGUUUUGAGUCAUCUGGCAGGCUAAACUGUGGAUAAACCCCCACAGUCAACAAGUUACAACCUGACUACAUUUGCAUGGUAGUAUCAGCCAAGUUAAGCCACCUCAUGAUAACCCUUAUUUGUGCCUCUUAAUAACACGUCUGGAAUGGGGAGACCAGCAGGAGGAAUAUGUUUGUGAAAUCCAGACAUGGGGGCAGUAGAAAACAGCAAGUGUUCCCAAUAUUGGGGUGUAAUCCAGGCUGUUGACUCCAGCCUCUUGACAUUCCAAAAUCUGACCAGAAAAGGUACUUUGUGCCCUUUGACUGGUGAACCUCAUCAUUGACAUUGUCCCCUUUAUCUAUCACUCAUUCGAUGUCCUGGUGCAGGUGGCCAAUGACACUGCAGAGGCCUUGGAAUGAAAUAAGCACUGAAAUGGUAGCUGUCUGUAAAACAGUGCUGAUUGGAUACUGGCUGAAAACACAGCCACUUGUGCCAUAAUUGGGACUGAACGCUGUGCUUCUAUCCCAGAUAACUCUGAAGCCAUCACCGAUUUAGCAGCACUUGGACAAAAACAGGUGUAUAAGCUAUGUGGAGUUGGGCAACAUUCUGGUCAGGAUGCUUGGGAACCUCCCUGGUGCAGGGCAUAAUGUUAUUCUUUGUCGAAAUUCUCAUUUUAUAUUCUUUGCUUUUAUUAGUCAAAUGAUGUUGCCAACAGGCGGCCUCUACCGCAGCCCACCAAGUAAGUCUCCUGAAAGCUAAGCAACCCGUGAGGCAAUCAUUCUUGUAUUAAUAGCUUAUCUAUGUACUUGCAAGCUUUGUGAUUUGCUUAAGGAGGAAUCAAAGGAGGUGGGGGGAGGGACGGGUGUGAUUGUUACAGCUGCCCAUGACAGAGGCACAAAGUAGCUGAUGGAAUGCAGUAGAACAGUAACAUUUACUGUCAAGGAUUGCUCCAUGAGCAAGGCCGUAGAUUAUAACAUUAACAUUAGAUUAAUAUAGUUUCACAAGUAGCACAAUAGCAGCUUUGUAAAACAUAGAUAAUCACGUGUAACAUUUGACUAAUCCCAAGUAGAACAAGAGAACAUUUGAUGCUGCUAGCACAAGUCAAGGUUGCAGAGUUUUUUAAAAAUAAUUUAAUCUGUAAUAUACUGAGGGAAAUUACUAAAUUAUUCAAAGAAGUUUCAUUCACUAAAAGUACCCCCUCCCCUUAUCAUUGCAUGUAGUGAGAAAUUUAAACGUUCCUGGUCUAAUUCAUUGGCAAUUGACAUGUGCAGAAGGAUAAGAAAGUCUGUGCAAACGUCAUGACUGAGGUUGGACAACAUGCCUGUCCAUCUCAGCCAUUAGCAUACCAGGAACCAGUUACAGAUUGACAACUCCACUCUGCUGACCAUUGGUAAUCCCAGGAAGCUGUUUAUAAGUUAAUGCUUUUUUUUGUGUGUGACUUUUUAUUGUAUGUUCCCUGUGACUUUGGUCUCUGAAAAUAUUUGAUCCAACACUAGGGCUAUAGAUGUUUCAUAUUUGGCCUUUUAGAAUGCAUUUCAGAUGGUGCCAUGUGGCACAUUGGUUAGAAAUUUAGAAAUCUUUGGGUCCUUGGUAAUAUGGAUAGGAAACAGAGGGGAGAUAAACAUGGGCACUGCUCUGCUUUGAGACAAUUUGAAAGUGGCGUUCCUCAGGGAUCGGUGUUGGUAUCCUCGCUUUUUCUGAGUUAUGUAAACAAUUUGGAGAUGGGUUUUGAGGGCGACAUCUCAAAAUUUACAAAUGAUAAUAAACUGUGCAGAAUAGUGAACUGUGAGGAUCAUGUUAAGCGACUUCAGACAGAUAUUGACAAGUUGGCAAAAUGGGCAGACACCUGGCAAGUGAAUUCCAAUGCAGAGAAAUGCAAGAUAAUUCAUUGUGCUAGAAGAUGCAAAGAGGCACAAUACAGGUCCUCAUGUCCCCUUUUUGCCCUCCUGAUUUCUUUCUCAAGUACACUCCUACUGCCUUUAUACCCUAAGGAUUCAC